AGUCCGCGAACAUCAAUUGAGACGCAUCUGUCUACUUCAUACGUAAACUGACCGGUUUGUAACAACGCUAACACUGUUUUAGUUACUGCAGAAAUAUCUAGAUACCCAUACUUAGAUAAGAAUACGGACUCAUGAUUGCUGAUUACUAUUUUGGUAUCUGCCAGGGAAUAUGUCUAUUAUUAUUAGUAAGUGUAACACAUGGCAAUGAUGAACUUUGCGAUCGACGACCACUGGGCUCAAAAACUGCUCCUUUACCACCAGACAAUAGAUUCUUUAUUGAUGUUGUGGAUACUUUUGGCGAUUUGUACAUACCAAACAGGGAGUAUAAAGUUCGUCUGUACUCAAGAGACAGCACAUCAACAUUUAUGGGUUUCACUAUAUCCGUUCGAGAGGAUACUGAUAUCAAUGAAAGAAAUCCCAGAAAGCCUAAACAUCUACAUCCUGGACAGCUGAUACCUUCGCGUGAUGAUAACGCCUCGAAAGUUCAUCCCAAAUGUAAUAACACUGUCAUAGAAACAGACGUUAUGCCUAAAACUUUUGUUGAGGCACUCUGGAUAGCACCGUAUAAAGGGAAUAAAUGCGUAACAAUCUUCGCUGUGGUCGCUGUCAAGCCUGAUGUGUGGUACAGUUUCGAAGGUCCAUUGUCAAAACGGGUAUGCGAAGAUCGACGCAAGGCAGAAGACAUGCAGCCAAUGGAGAAUGAGAACUGUCUUGCAUGUGAGGAGGCGAGAUAUCAAGUAACAUUUGAAGGCAUGUGGACCUUCAACACGCACCCUCAGAUGUUCCCAGAGACAAGAGGUUUAGCUCGUUUCAGUGACUUGGUUGGAGCCUCACAUAAUCCAUAUUUUAAUCUAUUUAAAAAUAAUGCCGAUGCUAGUGGUGGUCUGAAAAUGUUAGCAGAACAAGGGAACACUACCCAAUUUGAGGUGGAUAUUCAGGAAGAGCUAGGUACAAAUGUGCGCACUAUUAUUAAAGCUACCAGUCCUCGAACGACAAUUGACACCACAGUCGCCAGUUUCCGGGUUAGUCCUGAACACCAUUUGGUAUCUUUGACUACCGCUGUGCUACCGUCCCCGGACUGGUUCUUAGGUGUAUCCAACAUGGAACUUUGUGAUGGGAAAGGCCAGUGGACGAAGACAGCGAUUCUGAAUCUCUACCCGAUGGAUGCCGGUACGGACAGCGGCCAGACUUUUGAAUCACCAAACGAGGAAACUUCACCGCCACAGCCGAUAUCAUCGUUAUCAAUAAAAGGCAUACCCAGAGAACAAAUGAAGCCGAUGGCCAGAUUGAAGUUCGACCUGAUACGGACGUAUAGCACUCCAAGUUGCACUGGGGCCACUACGGAAGCUACUGAUGAUCAAGGCCAAGAAUAUACUGAUGAAGAUGAGAAAGGUGAUGAAGAAACUUCAAAGGAAAUACAACCGAUUACUACGACUAAGAGCGAAGAACCAGUCACCCCUGAUCCAGAGUCAUCGAAUAAGUGCCCAAUGACCACUUGGGAAGAGUGGAUGCCGUGUGAAGGUAGAUGCGUCGAUAAUAAAAGAACAGGAUUCCAAUCUAGAUUCCGGUACCAUUUGAUUGGUGGCACGAAGAAAUAUAUUCCAGGUUCAAGCAAAAUGAAUGAAAUUCCAUAUGAAUGUCAAAGUGAAUCUACAGACGAGUUCCAAGAGUGCGAAGAAGAUUGUACAGAAGACGAAACAGAAGCACCUGACGCAGAAGCCGAGGCGCAGUCUAGAAUUUGGGAAAAUCCGUCAAGAUGGGAAAAGAAAUAAUUGUUAAUGAAGUCGACUAUAAUUCUGUUAAAUUAAAAUUUUAUUAGAAUAUAGGCAACAAUCCUAAAUAGAAAAAAUGUAA